AUGGCAUUUGCUGUCCUUAGCGAAAGUUUUGCGAACAAGUGGUUUCCUGGUCGCGGCCUCCCGGAGACGAUUGUCGACCUCACAGGACGUACGGUCAUCGUCACCGGAUCCAACGUUGGACUAGGAUUUGAGACUGCCAAAGCUUUCUACCAAAUGAACCCUGCCAGGCUUAUCCUCGCAGUUCGUAGUGUCGAUAAGGGCGAAGCAGCAAAGAAGAAGAUUGUCGAGGAGGGCGGCGUCACUGUUUUGGAAGGAAGUAGGCCCCGAGUGGACGUUUGGCACCUCGACAUGGCAGAUUUUGCCAAUGUCAAGAAGUUUGCGCAAAGGUGCCAUGACGAGCUGGAUAGAAUCGACAUCUUCCUCGCCAACGCCGGCGUUCAAAACAGGGAAUGGAUUGUUACAAAGGACAGUUGGGAGGUUGCGUUGCAGACGAAUGUCAUAUCGACGUAUCUGCUAACCCUUUUGGUCACCGAUAAACUUGUUCAGACCGCCAAGUUGCCCGCCCCCAAAGCGGGGGUUAUAUUUAAACCUCAUUUGGUUAUUGUAGCAAGCGACGUGCACUACAUGGCCUCUCUCAAUGACCGGAAGGAGGCAAAUAUCUUUCAAGCUCUGAACAGGGAAGACCGCUUCGACGGUGCCGCGCGCUAUCAGGAUAGCAAACUCAUAGAGGUCCUCCUCACUCGCUUCCUCGCCAAGCAAUCCAAGUUUUCUCUCGAAUCCACUGGCGUUGUUAUGUGCACCGUCAACCCGGGACUCUGUUACUCAGAACUGGGACGCUUCAUGAAGGGCCCUAUGGCGAUCGCAAAGGCGAUUUUCUUUGCUCUGUUUGCUCGUAUCACGGAGGAAGGUGCAAAGAACUUUACAUGGGCGUGCCUCAACAAUGAUAUCCCCCAAGGUGCUUAUACAUCUUCGUGCCGGGUUACCACACCCUCGAAUUUCGUCCUGUCACAGGAGGGAGACCAGGUAUCUGAAAAGUUGUGGGAUGAGCUUGUCACUAUUCUCAAUGAGAUUGCACCGGAGAAGCAAUCAGCUUGGACCCUCUAG